GAGGGAGGGGCUAACUGCGGGACAACGUGACAUUUCCGCAUGUCAAUAAAAAUAUGUUUCGGAAGUCAACAGAGAGAAGUAUAUAGUUCAUGUUAACAAUUAGUCUACCGAAGUGCUCUAACGCUGCUUUCACUUCAACAAGUGUGUCCAAAGUUAACAUGUAGACUUUCGGUCACAUGUUGCCAAGCCUGAACACGCACUAUCCGCCAGGUGCUGCCUCUUCUCAAGGAAACAAAACACUCCGGAGUGUUUUCAAAGCGGGGAUUUUGUGCAGAAAACCAAGGAGACACUGAAGACUGAAGCGUACACAUGCUCAAGUUAAAGCCAAAGUUUGACCUGCACAGAGAUGUGGUGUCUGAUAUCCUCAGGAAGGAGGCGUCGGUCUGCAGGGUGAAAGAGUACUCUGGAGCAGUGGACACUCGUAUCCUGAACAUUGAGAGAGAUGGGGGCAUCCUUUACUCCUGGAAGGGAGCAACAGGGACCACCAGGAUUGGGAAAUAUGACUCCAGCACCAAGCAGAACAAGCUCCUGUACACAUUUGACAAGCAGGUGUGUGUCAGCAGCUGUUCCCUGAACAAGGAGGAGACCCUGUUAGCUGUCAGCUUGGCACAAAACACCGGAGGAGAGGAGCGCCUCAAACCAAUAUCCAAGUGUCUAACUCUCCUGAUUGAGAUCCAUCCCAUCAACAACACUAAAGUCCUCAAGGCAGUAGACUGCAGGGUCAAAGUGCAGUUCCUCCAUUCAGAAACUGACAGGAGAUCAGUGCUGGAGAGCCACCUGCUGCUGCUGACUGAGGACGGAUAUGUGGAUCUCUACCAUGUUCUGCUGACAAGACAGGAGGGUUAUAGAGUGGUGAUGGCGAAUCCCGAGCGUUUGUCCAAAACAGCAGAGAGAAUAGUAGAGGACUUCUGCUGGGUCCAGUGGGACAGACACACACAAAGACUCUACUAUCUCACUCAUAAUGACAAGUUCCUGAUGCAAUGUGUUCAGUUUUACCCCUACCAUACCUGCGAAACUGUGUUGGAACUCCCAUUAGAGUUACCUGCUAAUUCUUUCCGCACAAUCAAGUUUGUAAAUCUGGGUUUUGACCAUUAUCACACGGAGAGACCAGAGCAGGAGCUUGUUAAGAUGAAGGUCUUCACAAACAGAAUAGAAAGAAGCAUGUGUGUGUGCUACAGCCAACCACUUAAAGACAAACAGGAACUCAUCUACACUGUGAUUUUAGUUCACAAAGACUGCAGCAAGACGUUCAGAGUAUCUCUGGGCAAUGACCAGUCACCACAGAGAGCCACACAGCUCCAUCCCCUCUUCAUCCCCAUAGGUUACUACAUCCUAGUGUAUCUGCAGGGUUAUUUCCUCCAUUGUAUCAACACCAGGCAGCAGGAGAUGCUCUGUCACUCCCUCUUUCUCUCAGGUCUUGACGUGGACUUGGGCCUGCAGUGUCAGUCAGCUGACAUUACAGUGCUGCAUACAGAGGAAGAAUCUAGUGGUAGUCUGCUGGACUUGACCAGUGGGAGGAUCCACACUGCUGAGCUUAGCCCUGCCUACCUGCUGCAGAUACUGCGAUCAGACACUCCUUCUAGGUGUCCUAGCAGUAAGACUGACCCUCAGCGCCUGGCCGCCCUCCACUGCCUGCUGGUUUACAUGGGAAACGACCCAAACCUGGAGCUGAAGAUUAUUGAAUGGCUGUGUGACAACGUGAACGCCUUCGAAUCCUUUGAUCAGAUCCAGGAGUUCAUUCUAGCGUCUUUGUACAGAAUAAGCUAUGAGAAGUCUCUCAGCCUGGAUAAAGUCCUGCCUUACUCCUCUGUAUUUGAAAAGAAGGAGAUGCUAGUGUGUCUGCUGGAGGUCCCUGGUGUGUUGUGUACCACUGAGCUGAAUAUUGAACCUGUCUUCAAAGGGAAGGCCAGAAGUCUCCAGGGUUUCUGGUCAGAGCUGCAGUGGAACACAGAUAGGACAAAAUAUCUGUAUGCUGUUCCCAACCCCAGAUACAGAACCUCACACAUACAAGCCGACUGGGAUAAACUGAGGUCCGAGAAGAGACCAUCGAGCCACAUGAAUCACAUGGAGGAGAACACAAAGAAAGUUCUAUCAAUGGUGGACACCUGGUGUCUUGAUAAGAAGCUGGUGCCACUUUUCCAGGAGGAGGACCCCCAACAGAGGGCGCUCAUAGGACUGACGGUUGAUAAGCUUAGAGAGCAUCUCAACAGACACCUGCCUCGACUGGGGAAGAAGAAGAUUGACUCGCUGGUUGUUAGCUACGUAGCCAAACUGCUGGAGCUCAUCAGACACAUGCUGGAGUCAGUCUGGCUGAAGUAUAAACUCGGCCCUCGUGUUUUGUGCUUCACACAGCAGGGCAGUCCAGCCGAGUGGUCCGUGUUUCACUUCAUGUUUCGGAUCCUGGAAGCCACGAGGGGUCUCUGCCUGCCCCUCCCACCUGGCUAUCACACCCUGUUAGCAGUGUUUGCCGUGCGUUGCCUCCCUCAUCACACCUUCCUACAGUACAUUGACCACGGUGUCCUGCAGCUCACUGAAACCUUUGUGUCUCGGCUCAUGACAGAUUUGGACAACAGUGAUGCCAAUGAGAGACUGAAGUUCAGCAUACUUAAGAGACUCCCUGAGCCUAUGGAGCAGAGGAUCUACCAUAUGUGGGACCAUCCUGUCAGUUCAGCUUCAAUCUCCAGAGAUUAUGUCAGGACUCUGCUGGAGAAACACAACAAAAACAAGGGAUUUGCAUUCACCAGCAGAGACAAGCCAGGCUUCAGACUUGAGUUUCUUCCUCUUACCUACCUGGCAAAAAUACUCUCUGAUAUAGAGGAUCAAGCUCUGAAUCCUUUCGAGGAGCAGGAGAACGUGGACGCCAGGUUUGUGGAGGAGACGGCUGUGAAACAGACACUAAUACUGCUGGGCUUUGAGGAAAAGUGAAGGAUGUGCAGGGGAGCGGAAGGGCGGAGAGGGACAGGGGAUGGAUGGAUUGAGGGGGAAACAGAUGAGGGGGGAAAAUGUGUCAUCAUUGACUGGGCCUUGAGGACAAGUACCGGAUGGAUGGAUGAUGGAGGGACGGAGGGCGAGAAGCGAAAGAUGAAUGGAGAGAUUGAAAGGCAGAGCGCUCAUAAACAAGCUCUCAGUGUUUGAUGACAAAUUAGGGUGGGACGGAGGGAUAGAUGGAUGGAGACACCCAGAAAAGGAAGAUGGAGGGGAGAAUAGGAGGCAGAUAGGACGCAAAAAGUCACUCUCUUUUUCCACCUCUUUGUUUUAGUAAAUACUGAGGUGUGAUGUGAAAAGGACAGCGGCACCUUAUUUAACACAGUACAACAAUGUAUGAACAGUAUUUAAAAUUAUAACAAUAGAGAACACAGCUAGAUCUUCAGCUUAAUUCAAUUUGAGGAAACAUGCUUUUCAAAUGUUUAUUGAAAAUCAAUAACUGCAGGCAGCUAUAUAUAUAUGAAGUCAUAUUUCUCUAGCAGCAACAAUUCUCUCUCCACAACUUCUCCACUUUCUCUCAAACAAUUUAUGAACAUCGAUGUCAAAUACUGCAAACAGUAUUUAUAAAUCAACCACACUUGUUUAUCCUCCUGUGCUUCCUGUAAUGCUGCUGCACCCCAUCAACUUGAUUACAUGCCGACAAAAGCUUCGCAGGCAGAGCAGCUUGAUACGGUCUCUCAGUGGCUCCUGUGCAUUAAAUCUGAUUUUAACACUGAGUUAUACAGAAUCUUUGCAGCUGACUGGCACUUGCAAAGAUUUAAAAUUACAAUACCAAACAGAUAUUCAGAUGCCAUAGACUGAAUGUGCGAAUGAACAUGGACUCUUACUUUUUAUAGGAAAUACACUAAUUGUUACUUCAUACCAAAACCAAACUGACAGAUUAUGUUCAUAAAGAAUUGCAGGACUAGAAGGAUUUUUAAGCUUUGAGACAACUGAGAUGUGGAUUAAAGAAAAGUGGCUAAAACUUGAUAUCAGGAACAAAUAUUUAGGAAAUUCACUUUGUUGCUGGCUGUUUUAUGGACAAUAAGGGCUGGGUAUCAUUUAAAAUGUUUUGAUACUAGUGCUGGUAAGAUACAUAUAUGUUCAUGUACAGCACAAUAUGAUACUUUACCUUGAGAAAUAUAAAUAUGUUUUCUACAGUUUUGCUAACUAAAAUAGCCUAAAACCGGCCAAAUUGUGAUUUAAACUGAGACUAUUUAACUUUUAAAAGAAGAAACAACACGUUCUUAGUACAAAAUGAUGCCUUACUUUGAGAAAUAUAAAGAUGUUUUUCUACAAAUUCCUCAGCCAGAGUUCUCAAAUGUUAAACAAUGUCUAAACACAAGCGACCGUACAAGAACUACAACUAACUGAAAUAAAAACUAGCAAAAUUUUUAUUUAAAGUGAGACUAUUUAAAAGAGGAAAUAUCACAUUCUUACUUAUACAAAUGAAAAAUUGAAUUCAUAAGCAAUAAAACACACUCUUACUAAAAUCCAUACACUCAGGGUUUUGCUGCUACAGCCUUUGGUCUGUAGCUUAUGAUGGCUAAUGUUAGCAAACUUUAGCUUGAUAUCUCUAUAACGGCAUGACUGAGCUAGUUCGCUGACUUUCUUAGUUAGGUAGCCAACUAAUCUGCUGUUUCACUAUGUUUUACCAUUCACCAUUAUCCUGUAAUUGUCACUUACUGUAAGCUGUUCAGCUAAAGCAACAUCGGCUCACUUUAAAUCAGGAAGUAGCUGAUCAAAGAAAAAGUAAACAAGAUCUAGGUUAGGAGUCCAAUAACAUUAUAGUAACUUUAUUUAUAUAGCAUUGUAAAAUCAAUCUACAAAAUGCUUUACAAACCAUAAAGUCAAACAAGACAGUACAGGGUUAAUAAUAAAGCAAUAAGAAUUGAAAUAAUAAAGAAAAGACUCUGACAUUACUCAGCCUGCCUGCACACACACACACGCACAAACACUCAAACACCUGGUUUGAAUAACGUGCCUGUGUGCCCUCAAUCAUGACUGAGCUUUUACUGUAAGUGGAGAAAUUGUUUGGAAAUGAUGGUGAUGGUGUGCGUGGCAUGUGUUCAUAAUCCUUUUCGCAGUGUCUGAAUGUUGGCACCCUGCGAGACUAAAUACCAGAGAUUAUUUACAUCGCACGUCGCGCUUUCAUUUGACAAAUGACAAAACAUUCAUCUGAAUAAAAAGGGAUUUCUUAAUCACUCAUGUUUCUUAUGUUUACACAAAAAAGUUAUGUAAGAUGAAUUGUAAAUAAAAAGAUUUGUUUUUUCCAA